AUGGCGUCGUUGAAGAGCAAAAGAGAAUCCGCUCCUAGAAACUCGUUCAGGGCUUCAAGCGCCCAGCGAAGGGUUGCAACAGAUCCCGUCAAUCCAGUACGAUUGCGACCACUCAGUCUUGGAGCAUCGGUGAUCACUACAAACAAUAUUGAGGAGUCGCAAGACCAGCAAAGGAGAGUGAUCAAACAAGGAGCGGAGUGUGACCUAGAUCUCUUCAAAGGCCGCAUGCUAUAUCUGAAACAGGACGCUAUCGACAUUGCCUCCAUCAUCCCCGAAGAGCCCCAAAUUGAGGUCAAUGUGAUCUAUUUUUGCCAACUAGGAUUCAACAUUCCCAUACCUUUCGAUAAUAUAGGGCGAGUUACUUAUACGGGAAGUGGCGGAACCUGGGAGCAAGUCUUCAAGGACGAAAGAAUGAGGGAAUUGGAUGAGAACUAGGUGAUAUUUAUGGGCUUGUUUGCGAAAGAGAGAUAGAAAUAACUCUCGAGAUAGACCAGAAUGUCCUAAGAUAUGAGCAG